AUGAUCGGUUUGAAGCGCCCGUCUCGACUCUUCCUCGGAUCCGCCACAAAGAUCUCAAGGAAUUACAAACAGUUGUCGUUUCCAAGAAGCAUGGCUCAUACCUCAUUUCCCGCGGACCUCCCCAAGCCAGAGGAUGAUGGCGCGGCCAAUCAUCUCACAAACAUGAGCAUUCCAUCGUUCUCUUUACCCGCGACGAAUGGCAAGUCAGUCGAUCUUUCCGCUCUAUCUGACUUGUCGGUCGUGUUCUGCUAUCCCCGAACUGGUGCUCCUGGUGAGACGAUCACAGAUGACUGGAAUGCCAUUCCUGGCGCUAGAGGAUGCACUCCCCAGGCAUGCUCAUUCCGAGAUGCUGCAGCAGAACUUCGUGGCCUUGGUGUCACGCAUAUAUACGGUGCCAGUACGCAAGAUACCCCAUAUCAGCAAGAAGCAAAAGAAAGAAAUCAUCUACCGUUCGAGCUGCUUAGCGAUGAGUCGCUGAGGAUGGUCAAGGCACUGCGCUUGCCGACAUUCGAGUGGAAGGAAGUAACGCUCAUUAAGCGCAUGUCGAUGGUCAUCAAAGAUGGCAAAAUUGUGAAAGUGUUCUACCCAGUAUUCCCGCCAGACCAGAGUGCGAAUGAGGUCAAAAAGUGGCUGCAGACAGCGAAGGAGUCUGCUUGA